GUUACCAUAUUCACGUUAAAAAGAUGAUUUAGUAACGUAUAUUAAAAAUUAACGCCAAUAAAGCAACAUUGUAAUAAUAAAACAUAAGAUAUGUCCAGAAAUUACAUAUCUUUAUAACAUACUUACAACUAUGACAUUUUCAGUGGGAUGACUGCCAAGGAGGAAUUUAGAAAGUGUAUUAUUGCAAGGAAGCAGUCUUCAAACUCAUUUGAUGAUUUUCAAGUCAAAACUAUAAGUGAUUACUUACUUGCAAUGAAAUCGAUGGUGGAAGACUUGAGGGAAGAUAUAGUGAUUGAGAAGCGCGGCACUGAAGCAUAUAUCUUGGAAGUUAUUAAUACACAGGUGCAAAUAUUGUAUAAAAAAUAUCAAGAAUUUGUUGAAGAAACUGAAGAAAAAUAUCAGCAAAAAUUAAAUAAUAUUCGAUUAUCCUGUCGACAACAAAUGCAAGAUGCUCUAAUAAUGUUGAAAGCAGAUUUUGAGAAAGAAAGAAGCAAACAAAGAAAUAGAGAAGUUGAUAAGAAGGAGAAGCUGCUCUUGUUGAAAAGGGUUAAACAUCUAGAACAGUGCAUGAGUGAAUAUGAAAGCAUGUUGGAUGGAUGUAGCAUGCCAAUAGUCAUUGAGUCACAGAAAGACCCAUAUCACUUUUCAUCAGAAGACAUGGACUUGGAUUUGGAAGAUCUUAAUGAUGACGCACCUAUGGAAUCAAUUAAUUUAAGAAUCAAAGUGAACAAAGUUCAGCAAGAUUUAGUAAGAGAAAAAAUGAAGUCAAAACAAAUGUCUCAAGAAAUGUUAAUUAGAAAUAAAAUGUUGAACAAUUACAUCAAAGAAAAUGAAAAGUUGAAAUCUGAAAAAAUGGGGUCAAGUGUAGAUCAUAGCAGGGUGGCUGCAUUAAAAAUUAAAACUAUGAAGGAAGAGUAUCUUGCUGAGUUGGACCGGUUAAAGACAAGAAUUUCUGAGUUGAAACAAUCUUUAAAUGAACAGCGCUUGCUUGCACAAGCUUAUGAGAAAAAAGCUGCCAUGCUUACUAGAGAUUCCAGUAGAACUUCUAUCAGGAGAAGAUCUACCUUAGAAUCCAGAGAUGAAUUUCUUGAAUCUGAAAGGAAACAAUUUGCCUUAGAAUCCAGAGAUGAUAGUCUGGAUCCUGAUAAGAGAAAAUUUGCCUUUAGCGUCAAAGAUGAUGCCGUGGACAUUGAAAAGAAAAAAUCUGCUUUAAGUUCUAAAGAUGACCAAAAGGAUGCUGACAAGAAAAAAUCUGCCGGAGCACAACUGAGUAAGAAAAAACCUGGCAGGAAAGCUAAAGAUGUCUUCAAGGAUGCUCAAAAGAAAAAAUCUGCCACAAGUUCAAAAGAUGACAGCAAGGAUUCUGAAAGGAGUAAAUCUGCUGCAAGUCCUAGGGGAGCACGUGCUGGCAGGGGAACAUCUUCUAUGACUCCAAAAGAUGAUGACAAGGAUACUGAAAAGGGAAAAUACACAUCAGAUGUAUCUUAUGAAGAUUACUCAGACUUUGACUCGAUGAGAAGUUCAACAAGUUCAGAAAUGGUACAAAGUGUUCCAGUUUUUGAGUCACCCACAAAGGAGAUGAAAGAUGCUUCUACGACAAGUUGCAUGCCAGCUUUCAGAGUUACCAAAUUUGUAGACGAAGGCACUGAUAUGACAAGUGAGCUAAGUCAAAAGCACCCUGAAAUGGAAUCCAAAGGUACAGAUAUGGAUGACAUUGUAGGCAAAUUAAAGAAAGAGACAAGCAAAAGAAUGCGAAAAGACAGCAAACGUUUCAAAAAGGACAGCCUUGAUAUAUCAAAAGUUUACAAGAUUCCCAAGAAACAGCUUUCAGACCCUGAAAUGGAAAGGGGCCCAAGUCGUAUAUCAAGCAAAACUGAGGUGUCAGAAUUUGAAAUGCCAAUGGGCCCACUUCCUAGAUCUAGCAAACAUGACUCAACAGAAUUUGAAAUGCCAAUGGGCCCACUACCUAGAUCUAGCAAACAUGAGUCAACAGAAUUUGAAAUGGAAAUGGUCCAAACUCCUAAAUCUAGCAGAAUUGAGGUGACAGAAUUUGAAACGGAAAGGAGCCCAUCUCCUAAAUAUAGCAAGUAUGUGCCAACACUAUUUGAAAAGCAACGAAAGACAAAAUAUUCCGACUACCUCGCAGUCACUCCUCCCAGGAGCAAAAGUUCCAGAGAGUACACGGCUUCUGCUGAAGAGCAAACAUAUUACAGGUGCAGCAAAGAAUCCAGGGAGUUCCUCUCAGACACUGAAAUGAAAGGCCGAAGUCACUCGCCAUCCAAAGAGUUCCUCUCAGACACAGAAAUGGACAAACAUUUUAAAUCACCAGUAACUAAGACCUAUGUAAUUUCAUCACCUUUACUUCUGUGUAAAGGUAUGGAUCCUCAAAAAGGAGCUCAAGGAAAACAGAAAUCUGAAUAUAUGGAGAAAGAUAGCGCGGAAAAAAUGAUGUUACAAAUGCAGAACCUACAACUUCGAAAUGACUUGGAAAAGUUUACGGAACAAAACAAGGAACUUCACCGGAAAAUUAGAGUCCUGGAACAAAGUCGCAUGAUUGAACCAAGAAAAAAAUAUAAAAUUUUGAAGGAUAGUACAUUUGCUGAUAUACCGGAUAUAGGGUAUAGCAAAACAAACUUCUAUGAGAAAAAGAUCCAAAUUCUCCAACAUAGCUACAAUGCCCUUAGGAAUGAAAUGUACACACGCCAAACUCUACAAAGACAGUCAUGCUUGAUGCACCAUGCAGGAAUAACUUAUAAAAUAAAUAACCCGCUUCCUACCAAAGAGCAGCCUAUGCAAGUCAAAUUAUGUUCAACAGACAUUACAUGUGAUAAGGAAGGCAAUAUAUUACCAAAUGUCCAUUAUGAUGUACCAACUGUUCCUUACCCAAGUUUUUCAGAAAUAUCUGCUACUGAAGCAUGAUAUUGAAACAAAUACAAACUCUGAUUGUCUCCACUGAAGAACAACUGAUGUGAAUUAAGAAUCUACUCAAAUAUUAUGUGAAAAAUCAUACAUUGCCACUCAUCUCGGCCAGAUAUAACGAAGAUACAUCAAUCAAUCUUGUGUUCUUCAUGACUUAGCAAUUAUAUAUUUUGGAUGGUACUUAGUGGACGCACUGAAGAGACAGUGUAAAUGCCAGAUAUUGUUUUAUAAAAUAUAUAUAAAGUACAUAAUAUGUUUUCUAAAUAUGUGUCAAAUA